UUCACGACACCACCGUCGGAUCUUUACCGGAGUUUCUUGGAGGAUUCUCCCUACCAGACAGGUCCGGGGCGGGAUCUGUUGACUUGUGUGCGUGUGUGUGCGUGCGUGCGUCACUAUGCAGUUAGAUGUGGGCCACUGAUGUCGAUGGGCUUUUCUUGCGUCGGAUUUGGAGACCACCGUCUAUCGUGAAAAAUCAGUCGUCAGUUGUCUGCUGCCCCCCCCCCCCAAACCGAUGCCAGAUCCAACUCUUUCCCCGAAACCGAUGUGUUGUGGGGAGUAGCGAUAUUUACCCGCGACCAGGUUGUAAACAUCGAGGCAAUCUUCUCUCGUGCGCGCCGACUGCCUGACCCUACGGAGGAUUGGCUGAAUCGAACUCUUCCCGAAGGCUUUUUAGUUUUUACAGUUCUUAGACUGCGGAUGUAGCCUCUUUGGACAUCAAGGAUUUGUCGUGAUGUGAAUUUCUUGAAAAACACCUGAUUGAUAUACGUGAAUAACGCUGAACUCGCUGAAGCAAUACUUGAUUGUCGGACUCUCUCCUGCGGAAGUUUUAGUGGCCCGGAUGUUGUUAUUCUAUCGUUCUCACGGGAGGAGAUAUGCCCACACAGAUUGGCCGGCGUUGGUUAGAGGCAAAGUUCUCCGAUCGGGCUGCUGUUUUCUACUGAUUGCCAUGCGCAAAACGUCACUGAACCCGUGAGCAAAUUUCUUAUUGUGAGUUGGAAAUCCUGUUGCUCCAAAAUGACCAGCUGUUUUUUACGACAACUUCUGCGGGAGUUUUAGUGGCACUGUGGAAGGCUGGUGGGAGCAACAAUCCGCCUUGAGAAUGCAACUCAUCCCUACCCUGUCUCUGAAAUUAAGAUAACUGACAGACGCAGAUUACAACUCGUCAGAUGACCCCCUUCGGGCAUUUUGUUGACGUGUAUCAGGUCCAGUCUCUAGUGUGCCACAGUGCUUAUUACGACGGUUCUAUGCCAGCAAACGAGUUAGAGAAGGUAUUGGUGUGGAUGGUUUGUCGUCGUGAGUUGACGGACUGUACUCCAACCUGUCAUUUGGAUUUGAAGAGUCCCUAACUCUUGGUUGCUGUUCGGCCGCAAGUCCAAAGGAAGUGAUGGAAAACGAAACAGAGUUGACAACCUUCUCCUUUCCUAACGCCACAGACGACCUCGAUGACCUGGAGUUGGAAGACAUGUAUUACAAGGAACCUGUUUGGGUACAGGCCAUCUUCAUUGCCCUGUACGCUACCGUCAGUAUCCUGGGGAUCUGCGGCAACGGUAUCGUGUGCUACAUUGUCCUGGGACACCAGCGGAUGCGCACGGUUACAAACUACUUCAUCGUGAAUCUGGCCAUUGGGGAUCUCCUGAUGGCGGCCAUGUGCGUCAAUUUCACCGUCUACGCCACGCUGUACACCCGCUGGCCCUUCGGGGAGGUGAUGUGCAAGCUGGUGUCCUUCUCCCAGACCAUCUCCGUCUCGGUCAGCAUCUACACGCUGGUGGCCAUCGGCGUGGACCGCUACUUUGCCAUUAUCAAACCCUUGAGGCCCCGCAUGGGCUCCACGGAGACGCUGUUCGUCAUCGGGGUGAUCUGGGUGAUCUCGAUUGCACUGGCUCUGCCCACGCUGCUCUUCACUACGGUGGAGAGCUACGGGGAGGCCACCUUUUGCACGGAUGGCUCUUGGGAGGACUCGCUGGUCUACUCGCUGAUCUGCAUGGUGUUGCAGUACUUUCUACCCCUGACUUUGCUUGCUGGUGCCUACAUCAGGAUCGGCAGGCGGAUCUGGGGUCGGAGAACCCCGGGCGAAAUGGAGGCUGAGAGAGAUAAGAAGAUGAGUGAAUCCAAAGCAAGGCUGGUGAAGAUGUUUGCCACAAUCGUGCUGCUCUUUGCCCUGUGUUACCUACCCAUCCAAAUCUACACCAUCGUCCAAGACAGCAACCAAGAUGUCCUCAAGUACCAUUACAUCAAGAUUAUAUACCUAUGUGCGCUGCUGGCAGCUAUGAGUAACUGUGUCUAUAAUCCGUUCAUUUACUGCUGGAUGAACAUCAAGUUCCGGAACGGGUUCCGGUCCGUGUUUCGGUUCCUACCCUGUGUCAAGUACCAGCGGAACUGGAACGGGUUCAAGGGGCUGCGUCGGGCCAACACAGGCCAGACCCAAAUGGAGACCAUGUCCUUGGGCUCCCGGGUGGACCGAGGCAGGUGGUGGACGCAGGACCCGGGGAAGACCAACAAGAACGGGCGGGCAUCCAACUCAGACGGGGAGACGAGGACGUCGUUUAUGUGAGGGCGGGCUAGGGAAUGCUAAACCCAAACUGGAGGCUGCUCCCUCGUUUUGAUCAGUGAGUUUGCUAUCACAUGCUCAACAAGUCCAAGUCUGAAUAGCUGGGCGAUGGCUAGUUCCAUGACUUGAGUUUCUGACUGAAAAGAAAUGAUCGCUCUUUACUGGGCCUUUUAAACUCGUCCCAAUUUGCCUGAUUUUGUGAAGAAGAGUCACUCCUCAAAAUGCACGUGUACCCACCUGGAAACGAGGUUGCAACGGUUAUAAUGAUAGUAAACUAUCAUUUUAUCCAUAUAUAGACAUUCCCUGCCUCAAACAGAAUAUUUGUAUCAUUUACUAGGUAGCAUCAAAGUUAUUUUGAUCUCAAAUUCACUUGUCCACGUGGAACACUCAGCUAGGCCUUUAUGUUCCAUUUAUGCACGUUGUUUGAGGAGUUGAGGAUUAGGAAAAGUUGGGCGAGAAGGUUACAAUAAAAAGUGCCUACCAUAAUGCAAAGAAGAUGUGAAAAUAUGUGUCAAAGUAUACCAUAAAAAACUGGUAGACUGGAUGGUUUGUUGAGGAAGGUGAAUCAAAACGGGGUGGGGGCAUUGCAUUGGGAAAAGAAUGAGAAUUCCCCCAAAUGUCGGAAUUCGGUGAUCUGCAUGGAUUUACUCACAGAUCUCGUGAACAAUAAACUGAACGCUCGACGUGGGGUUUGUGGAAUUCGACACCAUCAAGCUUUUCAAGAUUCUUUUUGAGCACACAGCCAGACUUGAAGAACCCGGUUCCCACGCACUUUGCUGGGAAACCUUUAUGCACGAAAAUCAAAAGGCACAAUUAGUUGGAAAAUAUACAAAAUUCGAACUGUGUAAUACUUUCAUAAAGACAAAAUGACUAUUAAACUGAUGGCUUAUCAAAUGAAAUUAGUGUUCAGAGAGACUAUACCUUAGAUAAAGGCGACCACGUAUAAUAUCAUAAUAUUCGCACGUUAAUUAAUUAAGAUAUAAAUACUCCAAAAACUAAUAUAUUUAAUAUUUAUCAUUGAUUUCAAGUGUAAAUGGCUUUCUGUGCCUAUUACAUUCUUUUGUGGUUGAAAUCUGCUCUUUAGUAAACUCAGGAUUGUACAGUACUGUGUAAAUUGAAUAUAUUAUAUAAAAGCUCUAUAGGGACAUAAAGGUAAAAAUAUUGACAGGACCCAAACUAUUAUCAUAUUUUCAGCAUCGAUUAACUUUUAAACGAUGUCAACGCAAUUGCCUUUUUCUUAAUCGGUUGGCCAAUCUCCAUGCCAAAACUACAAGGUAUGUACAAAUUGUAGACAUUCCAAAUACUUAAGGCAGUAGUAUUAAAUUGUUGUCGUUGUGUUGUUUGUUUCACUGUGUUUGCCUACAACACAAAUUGUGAUAUACUGCAUCUGAUUGUGCCGGUAUCCUCAUUGAUUUGGCAGUACUUAAAGGAAGAGGACUGUACCUGCUAUAGUAGGAGUAUAGUGCCUUUAUGAGGCUGGUAAUCCAUUGAUACCAAGGUUUUCCUUUUGAAAAGUUAUUGGGCGUGUCAUGCUUAGUGAAGCUUUAGCUAGAUUCGGCUGAUCAUAGUAUUACACUAUCUCUCUCCUCGGCUGUAGGUUACACAGGGAAAAAAAACAACUUGUUUGCUCCAUAUUGGCAACUUGCAGAGCGUGUGUGAUAUGAAAAGAUUUGGUUGACGUUCAGGCAUGAUGGUCAUUCAAACUUCAGUGUUUCAUCUUGAAUCAUAUAGUGAGGGAGGCCAGUUGAAUUCUGUCGGUUUAACUCCCCACUAGUCUUGGCAGCGUUGCAAAGUUCGUGUUUCCUGUCUGACUACUGAGCUGCCAAGUCAACAUUGUUAUCGUGAGAUCUUUAACGUUGACAAGAAUUUUUUUUUAAAUUAAACGAAGGGAUUUGUGAGGGGGAAAAGGCAGAGUGCCGAUUCUCGAGUAUUCUUAAUUUAAAAUCUUGUAUCCCUCCUAAAGCUGUUUAAAUUGAUGACCCUGACAUUCCAUCAGAUGACCCUGGCGAUAAACACCGGCGAUAUAAUGCAAAUGUGAUGAGAUGGGAUGUGGAUGAGUCGUGGGGAGUGCAUGUGGGGAGGGAAAGUGGAAGACAUUUGAAAGUGAUAAAAGAGGCGAACGAGACGAAUCACCCAGCGAGAAUUAUCGGGAAAGGUGAGAGAGAGGAGACAACCGAGACUGAUGGAUGUCUUGGAAGAGUGUCUGAGAGAGUAGAGACGAGAAACCCAACGGGGAAACACAAGGAAUACGAUAACUAUCAGAAAGUGAUCCAAAUUGUCCUUUUCAUAAACACCAAAUACCUUACGUUCGGUUUCAACGGCUCAGUUAUCACCUGCUGAUGAUAGUCAUUAUUCUAUGCUAAACAGUUUUGCUAAAACGGCCAGAACAAGUUUAUACAGCCCUAGGGUGAAACUUCAGUAUAGCGGACUGACCUACUUUGGGUAGGUAACGUCGCUCCUAAAACAAAUUAAGUGGCUUUUAGUUGCAGAUAGUAACAAAUUACCCCUCCAUCCCCCAAAAAUAACAUCAGUAAGAUCAGCAAACUAACGUUUUGUCUCGUCUCGAAGAGAGUUGAAUUGGCUGUAGGCCUCCUUUUAAAAAAUGCUUCCAGGUUUUAUUUCAGGCAGUGAAGUAAACUGAGAAUGUGGCCAAAGAAGUUGCUUCAGACAAUAGAAGUGAGUGACAGUUACAGGAAAGUGAGAAAGAAAAAAAGCUAAUGUGUAGGUGAAAAGUGGGAUUCUGGCCAACACUGGCACGAGAGAUUUCAAAUUGGAUUGGAAGGCGCGAAAAGAACAAGAAAAGACGAAAUGAUAAGGGAGAGGAGUGCUGGACACGUGGCACUUGCAUACUUCUAAAAUCCCUAUGGAGAUAUCACAGAUUACAUCUUUAUUAUCAUGAAAUUAGGACAAAGGCUGCAGACAGUACUGCACUGGUUGUAUACGAAAGUUUGGGGUCACGAGAUCCUACAUUUUUGCUCCUUUGGGAAAUGUCUCUUUACAGUAGCAACGGAAACAGUCAGAAGAAUCAGUAGAGCUUGCAUUAGCCUUUUGUCGUAGCUAUUAACUGGAAAAAUCACAGACUGUUAGAAAAAGUCUCCGUAAAUAUAUUUCCAGAUGGUCAGGAUGGCAAAACGUUAAAGUCAUUCAAAUGAUAAAACAUUAACGGCAGUCCCUCUCUUGACGACCACAAUCAAGUAUAGGCCUAUUUCUUUUUUACUUUGGUAUAACUACCAAGUGAUAUCAUUUUCCUAUUAAAUGAAACAACUGUUUCAUAAAAGGUGUUCCUAAGAAUAGUAAACUUACAAGCUAAGUCUGUAGUCAUUGCUGUAGCUUACAUGCCUCUUAUUCCUGCACCCAUUCAAUUCAUGCAUUCAAUGUCUUGAAACAAAGACCUAUGACGCAAAUGUGCAUCUAGAGAGUUGUUUAUUGUUUGUUUGAUUUAAUUUUUUUUGUUACUAGAUAUCUAGUGACGUCAUAAGUGAGUGAUGUGAUUAGGUUGUUGCUGCGACCGUAAGAGGCAAAUAUACGAGAAAGCAAAAAAAUAAAAUCAAUUUUACUAUCAACAACAAAGUUAUCCUUGAA